GUGCGCACCAGGCCGCCGCCACCAGCCAGCCGGGGGUCUCUCGUUCGCUCAGAGCUUCGAAAAACAGGCCACCGCCCCCGUCCGUUCCCACCACGGCACCGAGGCACCUGCACGCCUGCUGCGCUGCCCCCAUCAUUCACUCACUCCCGCUGCCCCGCUCGCCCCGCGCCGCCACCGCCGCACUUCCGAGGUUGCCGCCACCCCCGCCGUAACCCGCGGAGGCGCCCAAGUUUUCACAGCCCGCACGCCGCGUCCGCCGUCCUUGGCGCGCGCGCAUGGACCCGUCCGCGGCGAAGGCGGCCGCGCCGCCGCCCGGUAAUGCGGCGGACCACGUCCUCCUCAUCCCGCCUGACCAGCCCCCGACGCCGCCGCACGCGGCGAGCGGCAACCAGCAGCCGAACCCCGCGGCCGCGGAGGGCCCCAAGCCCUCGCAGAACCCCGAGAAGCCGCCGCCACCGGUCUCGAGCCCCGCGCGCCCGCCGCUGCCGCCCGCGCUCCUCCGCCGCCGCUCCUCCAUCGGCAUGCCCAAGUCCCGCUUCGCCGAGCCGCCCACGCCGCCGCACCCGGACUCCGCGCACCCAUCCCCCGUCCACCCCGCCGCCGCCGCCUCGCUGGCCGCCACCCCGAGCCACCGCGCCGCGGCGGGCGUCUCCACCCCGCGCACCCCCGCGGAGGCCGACGACGAGGAGGACCUGUUCCGCAACCGGGACGGCUCCCGGACGUGGGCCUCCGCGGCGCGGUGCCGCCGCCGGGCGCGCAUCGGGCUCGAGCUCUCCGUGCUCAUCCUCUUCCUCGCGCUGCUCGCCGUCAGCGUCGUCGUGCGACCCCUGCGGGGGCGUGUCCUCUGGGGGCUGGAGAUCUGGAAGUGGUGCGUCAUGGUCACCGCCGUCUUCUCCGGCCACCUCCUCAGCCGGUGGCUCGUCACGCUCAUCGUCUUCGUCGUCGAGCGCAACUUCCUGCUGCGCACCAAGGUGCUCUACUUCGUCUUCGGGCUCAAGAAGAGCUUCCAGGUCAGCCUCUGGCUCGGCCUCGUGCUCAUCGCGUGGUCGCAGCUCUUCGAUCAAGGGGCCGGCCGCUCGCUCAAGACCGCCAGGAUCCUCAACUACGUCUCCAAGUUCCUCGCCUCCGUCCUCAUCGGCUCCGACAUCUGGCUCGUCAAGACCUUCCUCAUGAAGUUGAUCGCCGCCACGUUCCACCGGAAGACCUUCUUCGAUCGGAUCCAGGAGAGCGUGUUCCACCAGUACGUGCUGCAGACGCUGUCGGGGCCACCGCUGAUGCAGCUGGCGGAGAAUGUGGGCCGGGAGGGAAGUGGGCUUGGGCGGGUCAGCUUCAGUACGGCCAAGGAGGAGAAAGAUAAAGGUGUGCCGGAGGUGAUUGAUGUCGUCAAGCUCAGGAGGAUGAGCCAGGAGAAGGUGUCAGCAUGGACGAUGAGAGGGCUCAUCACAGCAAUCCGAAGUUCUAGGCUGUCAACCAUAUCUAAUACUAUCGAGAGCUUUGAUGAUGCUGAUGGCAUGUCGAAGGAUAAAGAGAUAAAUAGCGAGUGGGAGGCGAAGGCUGCGGCAUGUGCCAUAUUCAAGAACGUUGCAAGGCCCGGCUAUAAGCACAUUGAGGAGGUGGAUCUGCUGAGAUUUCUCACCAAGGAGGAGGUGGACCUGGUGAUUCCACUGUUUGAGGGAGCACCUGAGACGGGAAAGAUUAAAAAAUCUGCUCUGAAGAAUUGGGUGGUCAAAGCAUACCUCGAUCGCAAAUCACUAGCACUUUCUCUGAAUGACACGAAGACUGCAGUUAUGCAACUUCACAACCUCAUCAGUGUUAUAGUCGUCAUUAUAAUCAUCAUCGUCACACUAUUGUUGAUGGGCAUUGCGACAACCAAAAUCAUUGUUGUCAUCUCGUCCCAGCUUCUGGUUGUGGUAUUCAUAUUUGGGAAUGCCUGCAAGACUGUAUUUGAGGCCCUUAUAUUUGUAUUCAUCAUGCAUCCAUUUGAUGUUGGUGACCGCUGUGUUAUCGAUGGAACGCAGAUGACUGUCGAAGAAAUGAAUAUAUUGACUACUGUUUUCUUGAAGAAUGACAAUGAGAAAGUAUAUUAUCCAAACUCUGUACUGUCCACAAAGGCAAUCAGCAACUUUUACCGAAGCCCUAACAUGUAUGAGACAAUUGAUUUUGCUAUUGAUGUUUCAACUUCAAUUGAGAGCAUUGGAGCUUUGAAGUCCAAAAUCAAAGGGUACUUGGAGAGCAAACCAACACAUUGGCACCCUGUCCACACGGUAAACCUGAAGGACAUCCUGGAUGUGAACAAGAUCAACAUGUCUCUGUCUGUCCAGCACACAAUGAACUUCCAAAACAUCAGGGAGAAGAACAUCAGGAGGUCUGAGCUUGUCAUGGAGCUAAAGAGAAUAUUCGAGGAGAUGUCCAUCCGGUACCACCUUCUUCCUCAGAAAGUUGAGCUCACCUAUGUCGGCCCAAACCCGUUGCCCAUGGCUGUUGCUCAUACAAGAUAGAAGAUCGGGAGCUGUUAUACUGACAACUGAUGACCGAUUUCAUGGUGUGAAGGGGUCUGACAAUGGUCACCAAGUUCACGGUCUGGUGCGGUCAGAACCGAGGAGCCCGAUACGCUACUUGCGUAAGUUCUGACAAGGCAGGGAUGACUAUUUGUGUAGUCUGUACUCAAGUUCUUCAAACUAUGUGCUUGCUGGACAGAUCAAGCUAUAAUUUGUGCUAGAUAACGAAUCUGUAAGCUGUGAAUGUGUGGUACUGGUGAUCGAUGUUUUGGGUGGGGCUGGCUGUAGAUUUGGCCCACAGUUUUUCUGGGCUACAGAGCAGAGAAUAUGAACAAUCGCCACGGACAGUGCAAUUGUCUUCGUGUC